AUGAUCAAGACGGAAGAAGACAAGGGAAUACCCAUGGCUUGCUACACGGCUCAUCGUCGUCCUCGUCAUCGAAUGUGACGUCGAUUCCGCUAUCUACGGCCGCUGCUGGGGCUGGGACGGGGGCUGGGGCUGGGACGGGGGCUGGGGCUCGGGCUGGGGCUGCAUCGUUUGUCUCGUCGCCAUCGUCGUCGCCAUCAGCGUCUUCGCGCAGACGGAUCGGAGCAAGGAGAAUCACAACGGCGUCGGGUGUAGAGGUGGAGAGAGACAUUCUGAACGCAUCAACGUCCAGCGCCGAGAUCAGGGCCGUUGCCGCAGCGAGAAUGAUGGAAGCUGGGGAUAAGAGGGGCUUGGAUGGCGAGUUCCAAGGUGAUCGAGAUGGGCAAGAAGUCGAUGAUGUCGAAAUCGACGUCGCACGCCGGGCUCUGACUCCGACCGGCCACGGUUGCCUUCUCCCCGCCGACUGGUUCCAGCAGUGGAUGGCCCAUGUCGGUCGCUGCGGGCCGCCGCCACCGCCGGUCAGCACUGCACCGCUUCUUUCGCAUGUGGCGGCGUCGGUACCGCACGCGCGUGUAGUCUCGUUUGAGGCUUGGGACUACGUGGUGGCCAAGUACGGCGGCGGCCCGCGAAUUGUGCGGGCUCCGCUUGACCCCAUGCUCUCGCGGCGGCGCAUGCGCCAACGAGCAGUAGCGCUGCCAUCGAAGCAGAGCAAGCGCGCCCUGCUCUCAGCCCGGUCGGCCAUCCAGCGGUCACGGUCGCUGGAGCCGAGCGCGAGCCCGUCCAUCGCGACCGCCAAUCCCGAGCCGUCACCUCCGCGCCGCCUACCGGCGCAAGCAGCACUCCCUGUAACGAUCACCUUUGUUGCAUUUGGCAAGGCAGAGCGCUCGGCUACCGAUUCGCCAUGGGCGCUGCUAGAGUCGGUGCCUGUUGAUCGCGAUAGCACAACACCUGCGAGUCCACUGUGGACCGUAAUGUUUGUGCUCUCUGCAGCGACAGUUGCCUCGGCCAUCCCGGCCAUCCUCGCCGAGCACGCCCUGCACACCUCGGCGCUGCACUUUUCACUCUGGCGAGUGGCAAGCAAGUCAAACGAGCUUGCUCCGCUUGUGCUGCGAAGCACCGACAACGCCCCGCUGAUGGUGUCGGAUCUCGACGGCGUCACAAUUGUGGUCGCCGGAAGUGAGGCCGAGCAGGCAACGGUGGCCAGAGUCUGGGCAAAGUGGUGCACAGUGCGGGCGCAACGAGUCUCACCGGCCAACUCGCUGCAAGUCACGCUGCCUGCAGUCCACCUAGGAGCCUUCUCGGCCGAGCCGAUCAGCGGGCUGGCGUCGCUGGCGCUGCUCGAGGACAGCGUUCCUCCAUGCGUCUUUCUGGCGCUGCUGAGGACAGCGUCGUCGGCGACAUUCUCGGACGCGCUAGUGUACGAAGUCAACACGGCACAGGCGUCUGCAGCACUUGCGUGGUUGUUGCGCCUCGGGCUCGAGCCCGCCAACAGCGCCCUGCUUGCGCAGCUUCUGGCAUGCAUGGUCAUCGAGCUGCUCACCCGCAAAGUGCCUGUGCUUGGUGGCCAAGCUGCGGCGCUGUCGCUACUGCCAAGCGCGCGACGGCUGCAUCUCUUUCUUCUCAAGCCCAAGGUGCUGUCGGAUCCCGAAACCGCGUUUGGCGCUGUAUACACUCCGUGCUAUGUCCUCCACGACUCGACGCAGGCCUUGCUUGAGACGAUGCAGCUGUCGGACGGGCGGACUGCGUUGCAGGCCUUUAUGGAUCUGAUCGAAAGGCCUGCGCCGGCUGUGACCCCGGUCCGCCCGCGGGCCGCAUCGCACCACGGCGGGCGUAACCCGGGCUCGCCGCGGAUCCCCGACGCCGGCCUAGUGGAUCUGGUGUCUCGGAUCACCGCCAAGUACGCCGCGCUCUCACAGUAUUUUGCAGCCUCGGCGGCGGCGCGCGACGACGACGCCGCAGGCGCGGCGCGGGCGGUGCUCGAGACGGUCACCUUCCAGAAGGAGCUUGUCACUCUCUGCGCUCUCCUUGAGUCGCUCCUUCGCGACAUGGUGCAUCUGCCGCUGCUCGACACGCUGGCAGCGCAGCUCCCGGCGGUCCUCCACGAGCUGGCGGUCGACGUUGUCUCGUCGAACACUUACGUCGGAGUGGUGGGCGUGAUGAAUGCCGGCAAGUCGUCGACCAUCUCGGGCCUGGUCGGCGCCGACGUGGUGCCGUCGCGAGCAACAGCCAUGACUGUCCUCCCUACCCUUAUCACACACGACCCGACCAAGCAUGAGCCUACCCUCCGGCUGCCGGCAUCGUGUGUUGAGACGCUGCGAAUGCUGGUGAUCCAACUGAGGGCGGCGCUCUUCGCACCGGGCGCCGCCGCGUUUGAGGACCUCGACAUGGGCGCGUCGUCGUCGCUGGUGACCGAGUUGACGGCGCCAGCAGGCACGCCGGGUGCCGCGCUCGGUUGGUUUGACAGCUACGCCGGCGAGUACACCGUGGCCGGCGAGGCUGCCAUCAACGCGACGCUUGUCAAGGUCAACGACAUUUUUCGUGCUGGCGCCCGGGCCGGCAUUCUCGACCAGGUGGUCAAGAUCACAUCGGGCGCCGCCAGUGAGGCGCCGCCGCCGCAGAGCGACUUGUCGUCGUCGCCGGGCCCGCGCCCGCUCGCGCUUGUUGACCUCCCGCAAAUUCUGGUUUGCUUUGCCUCGCUGGUGGUGGGUGAGAGCGAGGGCAGCGGCGAGUUUGGUGGCGUUGACGAGGGCGAUGUCGGGGCAUUCCGUGAGCGCGGCGACUCGUCGUGCUCCUCGAUCGGAAUAUCGCUCUCGGACUCGGACGACGAGGAUGAAGGGGAGGAAGCCGACGUGCCUUGCCACGCUGAGGUCGAGGUCAAGAUCGAGACAGAGACCGAAGACCAGGUCGAGGUCGAGAGCAGCAGAGAGGCCGAGGCCGACGUGCGGGCACUGCUGGCACUCUCAGGCACGCUCUCGUUCAUCGACUCGCCCGGGCCAAACGAGAUGGACAUGCCUGUACUGUCUGCGUUUGUGGAGGGCAUUUUGCAGCAGGCGUCUGUGGUUGCGCUGGUGCUCGACUUUGCGAGCCUCAACGGGACAGCCGAGGCUGAGUUGCAGGACAAGGUGUCUUCGGUGCUGUCUGUGCUCAAGCAGGACGCCUUUGUGUUUGUCAACAAGUUUGACCAGCGGAACGAGGCGUCCGGACAAGAUCUAGACGAGGCUGGGGUGCGGCAGUAUGUGGCGCAGUCGGUGACUGCGGCGCUGGCGUCGUGCAGCGUGCCUCCAUCGCGGGUCUUUCCGGUCUCGGCCAAGUACGCCCAGCUUGCGAACCACGCGCGGAACUACGCGCGGAGCCACCCGUGGCAGGUGCCUGCAGCGGCGGACGAGCCGUGGGUGGAGGCGUUUGCGCGAAUUGCGUAUGGCGAGACAUGGGACGCGCCGCACAAUUACCCGCGGAUGGUGGAGCGCGGCGAGGUGGAAGCGUUCCGGAUGGGAACGCGGGCAGUGUACGCGGCGUCGCGGCUCGAGGCGCCACUCGAGUCGAUGCUCCAGUACUGCUACGCGAACGCGACGACCAUUGCGCUUCGGGCGUCUCUGGCCAAGCUGGUGCAACAUGUGGCGCUCCCGCUCCGGGCGCGCCUGGUGGAUGAGCUGGCGGUGUGCUCGACGUCACUGGCGUCGCUGCAGACGUUCCUGGUCGUCUCCGAGGUCAACCACGAGCAGAUCAACGAAGCGCUAGGCAAGGUCCUGGAGGCCGGCGGGCAGAUCGUGGUUUCGCAGCUGGACAAGAGCCUCGGCGUCUUUCUCACGCAGCUCGACAAUGUGUUUACGCCUGGCGGGCAGCGGCUGUUUGCCAUGUGGUGCUCUGUGCGAAGCGAAUGGGUGCGGCAGCUGCCGCAGGCGCCGACGUCGCUGGUGGUGAUGAUGGAGCACGUGUUUGACUUUGAGACGAACGACGAGGUGCUCGGCGGCAGCAGCGAGAGCGAGAGCGAGAAUGAGGGCUCGGUGACGCAGUGUGUGCUGUCGUCGGGCCAGUUUGUGUUUGAGACCAAGGAUGCGGCGCUCGACUGGCUGGACGAGGUGGCGGUUCUGUUUGAGCUCGCGCUCCAGUCUGCGCGCAACGACAUGGUGGCCGAGCUGGUGGCGGUGACAAAGCCAGUCUCUGUCCAGCUGAAGGCGCUUGUGGAGAAGCAUCUUGCACCACUACUUGCACAGUAUCGGAUCAUGGUCUCGGAGCUGCUCGACGUGUCGGUGGCCUUUCCGGAGCUCGGGCUGGAGCCAGACGCGCUGCAGACCUCGCUCGAGCUGCUGUCAUCGGGGAGAGGCGGCGGAAGCAGUAACGACGACGACAACAACAGCGAGGCGGGUCACUUUUGCCAGCGGAGCGAGCUGCUGGAGGAGCGGACGUCGCGAUCGCUCGGCUUCUCCUGGUCGCUCAAAAAGGCGGUCAAGGUCAAGUCGAAGAGCCGGUGGUGCGUGUCCAAGGAUGCGCUGCAAGCGUACUUUUGCCGGCAGAUGGAUGGAGCGCUCCGGGAGCUUGUUUUGGCUGCGGAGCAGCACUGUGCGUCUGCACUGACGGCGAUGCUAGCAUCGUACGCAAGUGCGGUGUCAGAUGUCCUCGCUUCUCUGCUGUCGUCGAUCCAGGCGGCAGCCGACCGCAAACUUAUCUCGCGCGAGGCGUCACUUGCCGAGGCCGCAGCGGCCGAGGACGGGAUCUGGCGGCUGAAUGAGUUCUGGGUCCGGGCGCAGUCACUGAUCAACAUGCUUGAGUUUGACGCCGAGAUCCCAGCCUCGUCCGAGGCCUCGCUGUCGUCGCUCAUCGACCUCGACGUCCUCCUCGUGCCGCCAAUCCACUCGGAGCUCUGCCCGCUCAGCUCCGACUACUCCGAGGUGGAUGACGUGUUUGUCGACUCUGCAAUCACGCAAGCGGUGUGACAAUGACAAUGAUGGGUGUUAAUGAAUACGGCUGCUGUAAACGAGCAAAGGCAGAA